CAGUUUAAAAUCGACGAAGUCAGCAUACGCUUUCCCGGCGGUCAUGUAACCGAGUCACUGGAGAACUGUUGGAGUUGGUCCUGGUCUGAUGCAGCACUCUUUCUCCUGAGUCGACACUUUUGCAGCACUUUCAUCUCCUUUACGACUGACUCUACGUCUGACUCGCUUUACGUCUGAUUCUCAUAAUAAUAUGAGAAACCCGAUCAUUGUAGCGUCAUUUUCUCAUGCUGUGGCUGUUUAAAACUGUUAUUUCAUUAUUGCGUGACUAGUGGCCACAGUGGAAUUUGUCAUUUUAUCAGUAUUAAGUGACUCCCUCGGAAGAAGACGAGUGGCAGUAAAAGAAUCGCUUUUAGCCAGUCAUUGCCGUGGCCUCCGAUAGUGGCGAUAGCAACAUGGACAGAGAAAUUAUCUUGGCCGACUUUCAGGCCUGCACUGGAAUUGACAACAUUGCAGAGGCAAUCACUCUAUUAGAGCUAAAUAAUUGGGAUUUAGUGGCUGCCAUUAAUGGAGUGAUACCACAGGAGAACGGAAUCUUGCAAAGUAAUUUUUCUAGCGACGUCAGUGAGGCCAGCGUAUAUGGACCUUCCAACCAAACAGAAGCAGCAGAUGCAGCAGCCGGGGGCUCGGCUCCUCAUUCGUCAUCGUUGCCAUCAUCAUCAUCCUCACCAUCACCCUCUGCUUCUGCAUUUUGCCCUAUCAACUCUUCUGCCCGGCACAUCAUUGAGCGUCAGCCCCGAAUGCUCAACUUCAGAGUUGAGUACAGACAGCGAACAGUCGAACUGGUACUGGAGGAGAGCAACACAGUCGGUGAAAUCAAACAACUUCUAGAGACAGAGCUUGGUGUUCCAGUGUCCAAAAUGCAGCUGAAGGGCUGGAAAGGUGGAGAUGUGUCAGAUAGUAUGGUGCUGAGAAGUUUACACCUACCUAAGAACAUCAGCCUCUAUGUUUUGACUCCUGACAUCGCUCCUGCUGCCAGCACCAGCAAAAACAGCGCUCACUCAGAGUCUCUAAACCAGAACUAUCUCUUGGUCAUCAGUCACCACGAGGCCCAGAGGGAAUACAGCUUAAACUUCCCUGGUUCAAGAACCAUUCAGGAGGUAAAGAGGAACAUUUCAGACUUGACUAACAUCCCUGUCAGACAUCAACGCUGGGAGGGUUGGCCUGCAUCAGCUUCGGAUGACUCUAUGACGUUAGCUGGCUGUGGGAUCAGCUAUCCAUGCCAUCACCUCAGUGUUUGUCGAAGAAGCUUGCCAGCCAAUGCCCAGGAGCCUACAGAAGAGUGUGCUGAUGUCCAUAUGGUCAGUGACAGUGAAGGGGAUGACUUUGAAGACGCAUCUGAUUUUGUUGUAGAUGAUUCUGAAAUGUUUGGAAUGGGGUCCUCCAGCUGUCGGAAAGCACCAAUGAUGCCAGAAAACAGUGAAAAUGAAGCUGAUGCCUUAUUGCACUUUACUGCUGAAUUUUCUUCGAGGUAUGGAGAAAAUCAUCCAAUGUUCUUCAUUGGGUCUUUGGAGGCAGCAUCUCAAGAGGCCUUUUAUGGCAAAGCUAGAGAGAGAAAACUUCUGGCCAUCUACCUCCACAAUGACGACAGUGUCCUAAGUAACGUAUUCUGUUCCCAAAUGCUGUGUGCCGACUCUAUCGUCUCCUACCUGGGCCAGAAUUUCAUCACAUGGGCUUGGGAUAUCACUAAGGAAGCUAACAAAUCCAGACUACUUACUAUUUGUACGAGGCAUUUUGGCAGUGUGGUGACACAAACUAUACGGACGUACAAGACAGAUCAGUUCCCCCUGCUGCUAAUAGUCAUGGGCAAGCGCACCUCUAAUGAAGUUCUUAAUGUUAUUCAAGGUAACACCACAGUGGAUGAGCUAAUGAUGAGGUUAAUGGGAGCAAUGGAAAUCUUCACAGCGCAGCAACAAGAAGAUAUCAAAGAUGAGGACGAGCGUGAAGCAAGGGAGAUGGUGAAGCGAGAGCAGGAUGAGGCUUAUCGCCUAUCUCUGGAGGCAGACAGAAAAAAGAGAGAAGCCCAAGAAAGAGAAGAGGCCGAAAUGGUUCGCCUGGAGCAGAUGAGAAAGGAGCAGGAGGAGGAAAAAGAGGCCAUCCGCUUGUCAUUAGAGCAGGCCCUGCCGCCAGAGCCCAGCGAAGAUUCAAGAGAACAAAUCAGCAAGUUGCGGAUCCGCACACCAAGUGGCGAGUUUGUGGAAAGACGUUUCCUCUGCAGCUGUAAACUUCAAGUUCUCUUUGACUUUGUGGCUUCCAAAGGAUUCCCAUUCGACGAAUUCAAGCUGCUCACCACCUUUCCCCGUAGAAAUAUUACCCAGUUGGAUCCUGGUUCUACACUUCUGGAGGCCAAGUUGUAUCCACAGGAGACUCUUUUCCUGGAGGCUAGAGAAUAGACUCUGCCCUUCAACACCUGAGAGUUAUUGUCAAACUGAAGGACUGGCCGGAGAUACACUAGUCACCCGAGCAUGGGCUUCAACGUUUGGGCCUUCAAGACAAUACUCACACACAUACUCUCACAUUUAAGCUAACAAGAGAGCCCAACAUAAACACAUUCACAGGCAUAACCAGUGACACACAAGUGAAAGUAUGCUCCUCGGCCUGGUCGCUGUACGUGGACGAUUAGCGUGUGCUCGCUGCACAGAGGAGAACAGACCAGUAUCACAAGCACACAGCCAAACACUAGUCCCGCCUCUUCCUAUCUCUCCGACGUAUAUUUCACUAUGUUGUGUUUCUACUGUUGUGUCAUUAAUUCACCAUCACAACCAAAACAGCAUUAAAAGACGGACUUGGACUAUGUUUGUUUUAGGAAACAAAUAUUGUGAGCCACUCAGCGUUUUCCAUAAUGCAUUUAAGGCUGCUUUUUUAGAACAUGGUUUUGUGUUUGGAAUUUAAAAAAUAAUAAUACUGAAAAUUGAAUAAAUAAUAAAAAAAAACAAAAAAAAACCCAAAACAAAACAAAAACAAAAGAGAUGUUGCCCUGCACACACUCGGGCUGUUUUGAUUUCAAACUGCAGUGAUGUCUUCAAAACACCUCUCUCAGAAGUGGCUGCCCUCCUUUUCUCCAGGUUUUAUCGCACGCCAACAGUUUUCUUUUUUGGGGAAUAUUUUUAAGUUUGAUGCUGUAUUAGUUUAGUUUGACAUUCAUUAUAUAAAAUAUAAAAUUAUGAAUCAAUCUGUCUCACCCAGUUAUGUCUACACACUUAACAUCUGAGUCAUCAUAUUUAUUUCACCCUCGUUGAUGUGAUGUGCGCUUGUUGACUUGCAGAUGGAGACGGCUCCACGCUGUUGACACCUCACUAAACUCCUGAGGAGUCUGAGGGUGUCUGCUGAUGCUCGUCUAUUUGUUUGGUCCAUCUCAGAUGUUCACCCCUCCUGAAUCCCAAAAGCUAGGAUGCAGAUUCCAAGUAAGGAAAGGGUUAAUGGAUCUUGUUCACAAGUGAUGUUCUUUUCUCUUAACGGCUGUGACAACCUGUUAUCCCACUCUCCUCUUCGCGCAGGGUUGGAGACAUGUAACGUCAGCUGUAAAUGCUCAGCUUGUCAAGAGCCACUUCUAAAAGGGCAUCUUUUCUACACCCUGACUAAAAUGUGAGGAAAAAGAUUGCUUGUUUAAAUGACAUUGCACAACACCUGGAUGUUGUAAUUGACAAUAAAUGGCGAUCAAACCAAGUUUUCGGAUGAAGAGCACCGAAACUCUAUCAUUGUGGCACCCUGAUAGGAAGUGCCACCUCACUUCAGCGUAAUUGGAGUGUAGCAGUUGGUAGAUGACUUCUAUCACAAUGGAGUCAUCUUCAUAUUUCUUUCUCUGCAUUUGCUGGCUUUCUCCAGGAGCUGACAACAGAAGAAAAAGUAAAUUACCAGGGAACUUGUGCGACACUGCAAGGCUCCGCAAGGUCACUGGUGCCCAGUGUUUUUAUUGAUGCUCCACUUUAUUAGUGUCUGGGCUUCAUGGCUGGAUGAAACAAGUUCACACAUCUUGAUUACAAUCUCUGUAGCCUGGCCCUGGGGCCAAACUUGGCAGUGUUCCAUCAACACAAAGUUUUGGAUUUGUGUCUUUGAAUCUCCGUUUCCACUGAACUUUCUGCGCUCUUUUAUUAUAGUUUGUCACGGGCCACCUGCUAUUAUCAACAAGCGCUCAAGUGAGAUGAGAUCAGGAGGACUUAGCCUCCAUCUGUAGGACGUCACAAGUGCGAAUGGAGGUUUAGAACAUCACCAGAGACUCAGUGAAUGCUACAAGAGAAAUAUUAGAAAGAAAUAAGAAGGUAAGUUGGAGUUAACCUCGGCACAGACUGGGGAAAAAAGGGGGCACUUUGACGCUUUUUGUGUGUGUCAUGGGGUUCAUUUCAUCCCUGGUAGAUUUCAUCCCUGGUAGUAGAAGAGCAACUAGUUGCAUUCCAAAUGCGUCGAUGACUCAGCGAUGCAUCGUCUCUUCAAUCCGAAGAGCAGGCUGCCAUGCACGAAGGUAGACUUGCACUUGAAAAAUGUAGACUUGGUAUGACUAGUGUGUGUGUCAUGCGAGCGUCUGACAGAGCAUGUGUGCUUGUGCUGAGGAUUUUUGUGUCUCGUUUCUCACGCAAGCAGUGAGUCGUCUUAAUGUGUUCAGUCAGACACACUUCCACUGGUUCGACCAGACAAGACCAAGUGCUGAAGGCACUGGCGAGAGGUGCGAGAGGAAACGCUGCGGGACAAAUUUGUCUGGGUUCAUCAGAAACAUUCACGUUUCUCAUCGAAUUGCAGGUGAAGUGAUGAGAAAAACACUGUGCGUGAAAGUAUUUACAAGAAGAGGUGAUGAAUGGGAGAUGGCAUUCUCACCUACAGGAAUGCUGAAUUAACUCUGAGUGUAAUGAUAUGUAUUCAUCCUGUUGCUCUUCUGUUUUAUUUACACAAAAGAUCCAGAAUCUUUAAAUGGAAUUUUAUCACAGCUGAGUUUUUGACUGGCUCCCAAAUUGUGCCUCAUUUUUUGUUACUUUGUUCCCACAUGUAUGCAGAAUACAUUCUAGCCCAUAAUUCUUUCCUGGUUGUAUCAUAGUUACUUGGUAGAGCCGCUUUUUCUUAAAUUAACGUGACCUAAUAUUCUGUUCAUCGUCAGAAGCUUUAAAAAUAUUGUAAUAUCAUUUUAAAAAAUGAUAAUACAUUUCAUCUUGUCCAGCAAUGUAUAUAUGUUACUGCACCUUUUCCAUAAGCAAAAUCAUGUCGUGCCUUUAUCAUUUUGAACUUGGAAAUCUGACUAUUUUACUUACUGACUAUUGCUUUUUAUUGUGUUAUAACUGAGAAAGUCAAUUGUGUAUGUGAAACGGAAUUUCAUUUCUAGGUCAUGUGAAAUGUCAGCAAUUUUGAAAGGCCUUAUAGCUUCGAAUAUCAUGAGUUCCAAGUGUUCUCUAUUAAUAUUUAUGUUCAUCUUUUAAUUACAUGUUCCAUCGGCUCCAUAUAUCUGUCCAGCACUGCACACAUACACUAUUUGCUCUACAAAUGUGUGUUUACAGUGUACAGGCUAAAGAGUUCAGUUGUUGGAAGCGGUGGACUGACAGGUGCUCCAUGGCCCCUCCUCCUCAGGAGAUCACUGUCAAUAGCUCAGAUGCUCUCAGGCAUGAGAUUACAGUUUCUAACAUGGGAGCGUCUGAAUUUGAUUUGCACAGACACGUCUUUUGGGGCGUCUGCCGAUUGUGGGGAUUGGAUCGGAAAUAACGCUGAGACAUAACGUGACUGAGUUGUUUUUGUGUUUCUCUGAGAGGUUCGACAUUACGCAAAGUGAUGGAUAGCUGAUUAGAUAGUUUGAAAAAUACAUGCAGUUUUCAUCCAUCAAUCUGCUCAUUAAUGUAGCAUGAGAUCCAUGUAGAAUGGACAUGUGCAGCCAACAAUUAACGGUGUCUACAAGGAAGUUGUGACUAGACCGGCAUCGUCCCAAAGUAUUCAAUGCACGUUCUGGUCACGGAAAUCGCUAUUAGCUCCAUUGCAUUGGGCGUUUUCAGCAGUAAAGAGGUCUAUUCUCUCGAUCACUGUCGACAAACUCUCUUCAAAGCAUCAAAAACAUCUUAGUCCACAACUGCUUGGAGCAGAAACGUCGACUGUACAAGGCUUGAUAUGAGCAGUCUCUCCUGUUAGUUUGAGGAAGACGGUGAGAAAUAUCGAAGAGAAAGCGGAAAAAAUUGGAAAAUCCAUGUGCACGUCUGGUUUGAAGAGUUGGUUUAGUCGCAGUAGACCAGUCCUUGAAAGUAAUGUUCCUCAUUAUUGCUGGUUGAAAAGCUCAUCAUUGAAGUUAAAUAAAGCAAUGGGCAGCACAGAAGGUACUUAGUUGGAGUCCAGCUCCCUGGGUUUGGACUGAACCUGUCCUUUUGCUGCAGUGUCUGUAUGUUUCUAAUGUGUUUGGGCCACUCCUGCCCCUUGUCCAAGGACGUACAGAUAUUGUGUGUGUGUGUAUAUGAAUGUUGGUCUUUUUGUAUGUGUAAGAAGCAAAACCCGACCUGAUAAAGACAUCAUCUCUCCAUUUUCCUCCCCAAUUUACCAGAAUGACAGGGUUUGUCGCCGGUCACUCUCCGGUUUGACGUCUUAAUGCGUUCCAUCAUACGGCCUCCUUUAGCCUGGCGAUGAGAAAGAGAGUGUGUGCUGAUGAGCUUACGCCUUCACACACACUCACUGGUGGCAACAUCAGGUUGCUCUCUUGAUUCUCCAACAACAAAAGAGGAGAGCGUCUGUGAUGUUUAACCAGCUCCGCCGGGGUCAAGAAUGUAGCCGGCUGGCGAGCGAACAGAAUUCCUAACACUGGAGUUCUUCUCCUCCCUCCUUUUGAAGUGGGACAUGACGGGAUUUCUGAGUGGAGCAUCUCCACCGAAUCACAGCAUCUCUGCCUGAAACCCAGACUGGGGUAACCUGGAGGGUCACCCCGAGUUUACUUUCUCAGAGACAGCGGUACAACACAAAGAAACAGAAUCUGUGAAGCUUAAGAUGUGGAUGGCCACAAAAAGAGGGUCAUUGUUCCUCCAAUCGUCUGUGCCUACUCACUGAUGUUUGUUAAACACACAACAGAGAAAUAAAGACUCUGAUUUCUGUCCGUGGAAUAACAAAACCCGGUGUUCUAGUAACCAUGUUACCAAUCUGAUUAAAGAAUCUAUAACCAUUUCAAUAUUGAAACAAGAUGAACACGCUUGGUUUGGAGCUGACUUGAAGCAGUUAUUUGUGUUUAUCAUAAACCCAUCUGCUCUAACAAACUAUGAAAGCCAAUUUAGACCCAGAUUAUCCAGUUUUAUUGGGUUAAAACCCCAUGAUGUCGGGAUAUUACAAAGCAGGUUGUUAGAUUGUUUUCUUUCUUCAAACUGCUCUAUUCUGCUUUCCUUCAAUAUAAUAAUCAAAACCAUAAAAGGACAAUUAGUAGAUUAUUUGUGCUUAAAUUGUACGAACUCCACUGAAUGUGGGUUGCUUGAAGGGUUCAUAUCAUUCAAAACACUUUACUUUCAGUAUAUUUUUUUCAGCAAAAUAAUUUUAUUGAUGUUAUAGUGUUGAUACAGAGGAAAGAUCACCUGCGUUGUAGGAGUCGCUGCUAGCCAUAGCCGCAUUCUUAGAUGAUUAAAUAUAGAUUUUUGUUCCCAGCUGCAGUGCACUGCAACAGAGACAGCAUAGUCAGGGCAAAGCAGGCGCCCAAAACAGGCCUACUGAAGUGUAAAGAGGAGAAAUGAAGUUCUACUGAUCAAUGAAUUAAGAUUUCUGGAGUAUUUCACUGGAUAAAUAAGGAAAUUUGCUGCAGUGCAGUGGGUGUAAACCGCUGAAUUGUGCUUACUGUGUGGCCUCCAAUAGUUAAAUGAAUAAAUAAGGCGUGGCAGUGGGCUGGCAAGGAAGAGUUGGGACCAUAAUAAACACACCAGAGUCAAAGACAAAUUUGAAAUGUGAUUUGGUGCAAUUAUACAAAGAAAACCUGAGAAAUAUUAAAAGACUAUGCUAUUCUACUUUAAAGAAAGAAAGGAAAUUCAAUAUUAAGAAUUUUAAGGGGAUUGUAUCACCACUGCCAAAAAAGGUAAAAAAUAAAUAUAUAUAUAAUACAUAAAAAUUAAUAAUACAUGUCUAAAGUGGGAAAAUUGCAUUCAGAAUGAUUGGGGCCCCUUACAGUUAAUAGUAGAACUAUUAUUCCCACUCAUUUACACAUCAGAGGUACUUUAUUCCAGAGCACGAAAUGAAUUCAAAUGUCUGGUCCGGUGUAGUUGUCUUAGGACGCCACAUGCCGUCGCAUGUACACGAUUGUUGUAGCGUGUGAAACGUCAUUGAAGUGAACUCAUUAGAAGCAGACAAUGUGCCAUUGUUUGUUAUUAUUUAUAAACUGAUCUUUCCUCAUCAAUUUUUAAUCACGUCCAUUGUCAGAGCUCCAGAUGUGUCUUAUAAAGACCUGUGGUAUUUGGAUUUACAGGCCUCAUGGGAUAAAGCAAUAAAUGGACCAGUGGGGUUCUGAAUGAGUGCAGUGGUGUGAAGGAGAGUAAUUACAGCUUCAUAUUAAUUGUGGUUUUUUUUUUCUCUCAUACACACUCCCCAAGUCUGUGGUGACAUCAAGGAGGGCCACGUCUUUGUGCCGAACACUUCAAGUUUCAAAAACAAGGCCAAUUGAAGCGGUGCAGCUCAAAGCCGGCACCAUUGUAGGCCAACACAUUGAGUUUUGAUUGGGGACAAUGGUGUUUCUCAAAUUUCUGCGAAAAAGAAAGCCAUACUCCAUCUGUGAUCUCAAUGAAGGUCUAUUCAUCAGCUUCCUUCUUUUCUCUGCCAUUCGGUGCCGGAGAAAAGGAGGCAGAUGUGGAGGGAUAGAGCCGGGGAAAGUGCAUUUUAAUUGGCUGCAGUGUGUGUGUGUGUGUGUGUGUGUGUGUGUGUGUCUUUACCUCGCUCUAAUACACACACACUGCAGCUCUACGUCACUAUAGGCCCUGCAGAAGUGAAGCCCAAUAAUCUCGCCAUGUUGAUGAAUACUUGUAGCCCAUUCAUUAAACAAAGAUAAUCCCUGCCAACCUUCCUCAGGGCCACAAAAACGCAUUAUAUCUGUGUGUGUGUGUGUGUGUGUGUGUGUGUGUGUGUGUGUGUGUGUGUGUGUGUGUGUGUGUGUGUGUGUGUGUGUGUGUGUGUGUGUGUGUGUGUGUGUGUGUGUGUGUGUGUGUGUGUGUGUGUGUGUGUGUGUGUGUGUGUGUGUGUGUGUGUGUGUGUGUGUGUGUGUGUGAGACUGGGGUGACACAGUGCUGGCUAGCAUCCCUGGCAGCCAGGAAACCUUGAAAUCAUUGAAAUAUUCAUAGGGCUGUCUGUGCCACGGAGGGUGAUCCCCCAUUUACAAAUAAGUGUUAUUCUAGCGGCUGAAGAGUCUCAGUGAGCCACUUCAGCUGGAGUGUUUGCAGCCCUCACCAGCCACACACACUCCAGAGCUGCUCACGUCCUCCAGCGCGGUCUGGCUGACAGCGCCACUUCUACUUAUAUUACCGCAUCGUACACAGCUUGGCGCUGCCUUCAAUACUUCCUCCUAGAAGAGUUUUUCACUCCAUGAUUCUUAUCUGAGCUGGCACUAUUUCAUUUCGACUGUAUUCACAUGAACAGAUGAAAAUGUUUACCUUAAUUGCUGAUAUUAGUAAUAGAAGUAAUAAAGUAGUAUAUUAGUGCUACUAUUCAACUACUGCCAGUUUUACAACUGGUACUACAGCAAGUAGUUCUUGCAUUGCCAGUACUACUGCUGCGAAAAAUACUGUUACUAGUGGUACUACUAUUACUGCUGCUGUAAAAACUAGCUCCACCACUACUGUUCAUACUACUCUGUAAAUGUAUAACUCUUACAUCUAACAUCAAUACUGCGGUGUAUUAUCUUGACUAUGACUGACUAAACGUCACCAAAUGACGUUUCCUGUUACAACUAUUAGCUCUAUUAAUGCUGCGAGUACACCAACUACUGCAGUAUUUCCAACACUAUUAAUACUGCUAGUUGAAAUACUAGUACUGCUGCUACAUCUACAUCUAAUAACAUGAGCACUAAUUAAUCCAUAAGUACUAUGAUGACUGCCAUGACUGGGGUUAAGUCAACUAGUUCAACUUCUAAUGCUGCCACUACUAUCACUAACAUGACUUGGACUCGACUGAAGCGACAACUUUAUCUACUACUCGAAACUAAUUUGACCACUGUGGUACUACAUGUGUUGCAGCUACAGUACAGGACAACUGCUACUGCUCCACUGUUUUACACUAUAAGAUGAAUUCUCACUCUGCGUUACUGGUAUGGACUUUUUGUGUUCUUUUUUUUGUUUGUUUUUGCUCUCAGAAUUGAAGUUCAAAUGCUUUCAUUAAUAUUUACUUUGAUAGAUGCAGUUGCCUUGUUUACGACUAUUUAAGAAUGCCACAAUUAAUUAUGAAAAAAAAAAAUUAUUACAAUUUUUAACUAUAAUUCUUUAUUAUAAUUAUUUAUAUUUUGUUGAUAUAGUACUUGUGCCGUUUCUGUUUGACUGUAUUUACAAUAAGAUUAAAAUAAGAACGUUUUUAUUCUAUAUUUAAGUAAUUACCCCCGUUGAAUGAUGCUGCUUUAUUUCAAGUUUACAUUGGUAUAUUUACUGUCUCAACCGAGCAAAAAUAAAUACUUAGCAAUGUAAGUAAAUACUCGGGUCGUAUUCUGAGUUUUGACAUGCGAUUUGUAGAUUUUGUGUUAAAGAUUUGUCGACAUUGCGGAACUAUUGAUCCAAAUAGAAAGUGAGUUAUGAGAAAGACGCAAACAAGACGCAAAAAAACGUCCUCCUUGUGGUGUUAAAAAAAGGAGACUCCGUGUUCCGGUCAAGCGUGUAAAUAGUGUAGUGGACCCCCGCCUGCUUCCUUUCUGCUCCAGCUCUUGUCCAUGUGCUACUCUAACCUCCGUCGCUCCAGCGGGGCGACGCGGGGAGGAGAUCCGAGCCAGUGGCGCUGCAGGCGGGGCGCCGGCGGUGGGAGAGGCCGCUCGAAAGAACCGCCAGCGGAAACAUGCUGCUACAUAUGUCGGGUCAAGCUAAGCUUUUGUUAUCUCUUUAAAAGAGUGUUUAAAAACCCACUCGGCUGCAGCCCUCGUCAAAGAAAUGAAAGCGUUUAGAAGGU